CAUCAAGACGUCCAGCAAUAGUUUUCUUACACUAAUCACACAGAAAUCUUCCACGAAAGAGAGGGGAAAUGUAACUUCAAUUGUGAAGAGUUCAACAACAAUGGCUACCUGGGAUGAGAUAAACGAACUUCGGGCAAAUUUUGCACGUAUUCAAAGUGUUUCAUCUCAUCAGAAGUUAUCAGAGAAAAAUGUUGUUGAAGUAGUAUCAAAGCUACUUGAACUGAAACUUAUUGAUGUGAUAUACACCACAGAUGGCAAGGAAUAUCUAACUUUACAACAUCUUGACAAAGAAAUACUGGACGAGUUGUAUGUUCAUGGAGGUCGGAUCAAUCUUACAGAUUUGAAGAACAUUCUUUGUGUUGACUUCUCUCAUAUAGAAAGUCGAGUGAAUGAAUUAAUCAAAACAACACCUGGUCUAAGUUUUGUAUUAGGUCAGUUGAUAAAUAGUAAUUACAAAGAAUAUAUAGCAGAAGAGAUCGAUGAGAAGUUACAAGAAAGGGGCCAUGUUUUGUUGACUGAUCUCGUUCUCCAUUAUGAUUUACCCAAAAACUUUAUCACCCUGUUGGUUCAACAGAAUAUUGGUGGCACAAUCAAAGGUCAUCUGGACACUUCCAACAAAGAUGUUCUAUACACUGAACUUUAUGUAUCUCGUAUAAGAGCUCAAGUACGAGGUCUUUUCAGUGCCAUAACCAAACCAACCAGUUUAUACAAUGUGCGUCGUAAACAUAACUUCCAAGAUCAAAUGUUUUACUCAAUUGUUGAAGAAUUAGUGAGUUCAGGACGAUUGAAUGGUUCAAUUACUGGCCAAAGAGAGAAAGGGACCUAUCACCCCAACAUAUUUGUUAGAACACAAAACCAGUGGGUUGAAGACUUUUAUGUCCAGAAUGGAUAUUUAGAAUAUGACAAUUUGGCUCGACUUGGCAUCACCAAUGCAAAAGACUUUGUGAAGAAAAAGUUUAAAGAUGAACAGCUGAUAUAUUUAUCCACUUGUUGUGUGAGUGUCUCACUUAAGGAACAGGUUGAAGCCAGUGUUGAAGAAGCUUUAAAUGAUGGAUCAUGGAUAGAUAUAUCGAUGCUAGUACCAUCAGUAUUCAAUGUAGAUGAUAUCAAACAGUUACUGUCAAUAAUUCUUUCAAAAUCUUCCAAUGCCUUCAUCUGCUGUGAUUCCAUUGCUGUCAGCAACAAACUGGUAUCAGAAUGUAAAAUUCCUUUCUCAGAACUUAUGAGGAAUAAAGCCAUCAAGGAUUCCAAAUCUAACACUGCCGUGUUUAAGGUUGCUAAGAAACUUGGAAGCAGUAUGAAAAAUAAUGAAGUUAAAGAAGACAAAAGAGAUAGUAGAAAGAAAAAAGGUGGCAGCAAAGGUGGUGGUGGUGGUGGUGGUGCUAGUAGUUCUCAGGCUCGGGAGGUAAAAACUAAAGUAACAAAAAAGAAAUAUUGUACUAGUGGCAGCAGUAAAGGUGGUAAUGAAGAUUCUGAUGAAGAGGUGUCUGGACAACACAAAACAUUAAGUUUCAUGGAAAUUGAUGAAAUUGAAGAAAUCCUGAAGAAAGAAAAGAAAUUGCUUGAUUCCCCAGAAGAACUCGUUACGGAGAUUGCUACACAGUUAUACAGACCACUUUCACAAGAAUACCAAGAAAUGGCCAAAACUGUGUUUUUUGAAUCAACUGGCAUUGGUUCGACAUCAGCCAGAAAAAAGACAUUUGCUGAGUUGCAAGAGAAAGUUUGCGGAAUGUGGAUGAAUAUACUACUGAUUGAGAAAGGAAUAAAACUGUUCUCAGAAACUGUCCAGACUGUGUUGAUAAAACACAUGCUGAAGUCAAUAUGUACUGACAUCACAAACUUAAUAACAUCAGCUGUUGCUGUAGAUCAUAUGUUGUCUCUGGCAGAUGAAACCCAAGUGACACCAGAUGUUCGCAAUAAUGUUAUUGCUAAACUACCAGAGCCACAAAAAAGCCAAUUGAAGAAAUUGAAUUCUUCGCUUAACAGUAAGAGUCUUGAGGAUUUUCAUGAAAGUCUGAAUAUCAUUUGUAGUCCUGAGAAUUUGGGUAUUUUAUUACGGAAACCAGACAGGAAGAAGGAAAGACAACUCCUUCAGGAACACAGACAAACUCUCAUUGCUGAAUUAUCCAGUGAAGAUGAUCCAGCAAAUGCACUACACCUGGCUGUGAUGAUUCUUUUCCAGACAUUCACAAACACAUUUAUCCAUGCUCCCGGUCGAUGUGUACCACGGAUAAUAGAAUUUCUUGAAGAUUACAUGGCUGCUUCAUCAUGGGAGACCCUUCGACAAUUCCAAGAUUUGGUAAUUAAAGAUAUGAAGUCUCACAAUGAAGACGAACAUGAAGAAAUAAUAGAGUCUAAUGAAGGGGCUGUCUUAGAGGAACUGUUGCCAGAACUGAAAGACAUUGCUGUAGCUACAAAACCUAAAGAGAAACAAACUAAAGAAUCUAGUCCUUAAGUUUAUAUCAUCUCAAUAAAGAGACAUUGUCAUAAUUGCGAUUGAAUAU